AAUAGCAGAGACGACACGUGGAACCCCAAAGUGAAGAUGGGAGGCAACCUUGUUCCUAAGGUACGGCCGCACCGAGAGGGCGUGCGCAUACCUGCCGUGGAGAGCGCUCUCGCAGAUGCAGCCGAGAAACUCUCACACUUACCUCCGCCCAAGCGAAUGUACCAGCGCCGCAAGAUGGCGCCGAAGCCUCCGCCGCCCGACCCGCUGGUGACCCCCGGAACGUCCGUCGAAGCGCCACCUAGUGAGAAAUCCUCAGGUCCAACAAAACCAAUCUCGAAGAAGCCAAAGAAAGGUCAGGCAACAACGAAGCAGCGACUGGGAAGAAUACUCAAGAUACACAAGAUGGUCUACCUGAAGUGAUCGCGUUCUCGUCGUCGUCGUCGUCGUGGCAACGUACGACAAUCGUCGCGCGUCCAACAAACACGUGGAACUGACGCCCGCGUCCCCGGCGAUGCCCGCUCC